AUGACCAACGACGCCACUUCGACCUCUUCGGCCGCCAAUGGCGAGGCUUCAAAGUCGAGCUUUGCCGUCAAGGCCGGUCUUGCGCAGAUGCUCAAGGGCGGUGUCAUUAUGGACGUGACUUCGGCUGCCCAGGCCCGGAUUGCCGAAGAGGCCGGUGCCUGCGCCGUCAUGGCCCUUGAACGCGUCCCCGCCGACAUCCGAAAGGACGGAGGCGUCGCCCGCAUGUCCGAUCCUUCCGUCAUCAAGGAAAUCCAGGCCGCCGUCACCAUUCCGGUCAUGGCCAAGGCUCGCAUCGGUCACUUCGUGGAAUGCCAAGUCCUCGAGGCCCUUGGGGUCGACUACAUCGACGAGAGCGAGGUGCUGACCCCGGCCGACGACGAGAGCCAUGUUGAGAAGAGCCACUUCAACGCUCCUUUCGUUUGCGGAUGCCGCAACCUGGGCGAGGCGCUGCGUCGCGUCGCCGAAGGUGCCGCCAUGAUCCGGACCAAGGGCGAGGCCGGUACCGGCGAUGUUGUCGAGGCCGUCCGCCACAUGAAGACGGUGAAUAGACAGAUUGCCGAGGCCAAGGCCGCCCUCGCCGAAGGAGGUAUAAUCCGCAUCCGCGAGAUGGCCCGCAAGCUCGAGGUUGACGCCGAGCUCCUUCGUCAAACUGCCGAGCUCGGUCGGCUGCCCGUGGUCAACUUCGCUGCCGGGGGUGUUGCCACCCCUGCCGAUGCUGCUCUGAUGAUGCAACUGGGCUGCGAUGGUGUCUUUGUCGGCAGCGGCAUCUUCAAGUCCGGGGACCCUGCCAAGCGCGCCAAGGCCAUUGUCCAGGCCACGACUCACUUCCGCGACGCCAAGGUCAUUGCUGAGGCUAGCACUGGUCUUGGUGAAGCCAUGGUGGGUAUCAACUGCGACAGCAUGAAGCCUGAAGAGAAGCUCGCUGGCCGUGGCUGGUAG